UGAGGUACUAGGUAGGGUUAUUGUAUCCGAGAAUUGAGAACAAUCUCGAUGAGUUGUGAUCGUGUGAAAACAUGGCGACGUCCAUAGCGCUACUCUGCGGGCGGAUGUGUAUCCAAGAUCUACCUAAAAGGAUGUCUUGUUCACGUGUACAGAUGUUAAACAGCAGUAUGCACACCACACAUAUCACCAGACGCACAUGCAGACUUGUUUCUUCAAGUAGCCUUAAUCAACAGGUGUUUCCAACACACUACCGUCAUCAGCAUUUGCCAAGGCCCAGGGUAUUUCUUCGGACCUGUACAAAGACACAUGGAGCGGAGCCUAAUAUGCUAAUUACUUGCCACACUGUGUGGAUUAAAUCAGUAUUUUCACAAAGUACAUCAGAAACUUUUAAACAACAUUUUUCUCGCAUGGAUUUGAAACAAAUCAAACAACUAUCACAUCAUUUUCUUAAGAACCUUAUUCUUUCUCCUUUGGCACAUCAAAAUGCAAGUACACAAUGUAGACUGAUGUAUCACCAUUUCUCAACAAGAGCAUCGUAUUCUACAUUGAAAGGUGAUCAUGUUAGAAGUAAUUACCAGUCUCCACUCAGUGCCCUUUACCGAAUGCAGGCCUAUGGAUCUAGUGCUGGAAACAAGACUGGUGAUCCCCUCUCACCCAAGAGCCCAGAGUUCAGAUGCUACAUGGAUCAUCUGACAAAGGAGCACCAGGCCAUCUCAGAGUCACUUCAGAGAGGGGAUCCCAUGUCAGACUCCAAGCAGAAGGAGCUAAGAGGAUCCGUGAUGGAGCUAGGAGCUGUACUUGAUAAAUGUUUGUUUGUUUGUUUGUUUGUUAGAGAGGGGAUCCCAUGUCAGACUCCAAGCAGAAGGAGCUAAGAGGAUCCAUGAUGGAGCUGGGAGCUGUGCUUGAUAAAUGGGAGGAGCUAACGUCAGCUGAAGAAGAGAUUACAGAGCUUCAACGUCUUAUUGAAGAACCAUCAGAUACCAGUCAAGAUAAGGAGAUGCAUGAGUUAGCAGCAGCUGAGAAGGACGACCUCAACGCCAAGAUUGCUGAUAUAUCAGAAGAGUUGGUUGACCUACUGUUGCCCUCUGAGGAAACGGACGAUAACGAUGUCAUCAUGGAGUUCACGGCCGGGGUCGGAGGUCAAGAGGCCAUGUUGUUUGCGGCGGACAUGUUUGAAAUGUACCAGCGUUUCGCAGCUUACAGAGGAUGGACGUUCAGCGUCUUAGAGUACUUCACGACAGACAUGGGUGGCUUAAGGCAUGCUAGUGUUAGUAUGAGCGGUGACCAGGCAUACCUGCUUCUAAGGCAGGAGGCAGGGGUGCACCGAGUACAGAGGGUACCAAGGACAGAGAGCAAGGGGCGUAUACACACCAGCACCAUGGCUAUAGCGGUGCUACCACAACCUAAAGAGAUUGAUCUGAAACUGGACCCUAAAGAUUUGAGGGUGGAGACCAAGAAAGCUAGUGGAGCGGGAGGACAGCAUGUGAACACAACAGACAGUGCUGUCAGAAUUACUCAUCUACCAACAGGCAUCUCAGCUGAAAGUCAACAGGAACGUUCCCAGCACAAGAAUCGUUUCAUUGCCAUGACGAUGCUCCAGACUCGUAUCUACAACCGCAUUCUGGCAGACCAGACCAGCUCUGAGCGAUCCAUCCGCAGUUCCCAGGUCGGCACAGGGGGGCGCUCUGAGAAGAUCCGAACCUAUAACUACCAGCAGGACAGGAUCACUGACCAUCGUAGAGGGCGCACCGUCCAUGGUGUGCCAGAGUAUCUUCUGGGCUCGGAACUCUUAGAUGAGAUGGUGACUAGCUGUGUGGAAGGCGAUCAGUGCCAACAAGUCAGAGAAAGGAUUCUAGAGGUUUAUGAUAAGAACAGAGAUAGUGGAAGAUAAUAAAGGAUCUGAUAAUGAAUACC